CAACACAGGUUGAUUGUCUUUGUAUAAGUUAGAGUAUUUCUUUUAUUCUACUAAUUAUGUGUUUUUAAGAAAGGUUUCAUUGAAAUGAUUAUAGGAACACUAUAUUAUUUUGUCUUUUGUCACAUUAACAAGUGAAUUUGCACAUAUCCUGUAUUCUCUGUAAUGGUAAAUGUAUCCCAGUCUCAGUCAAACAUCACAGAUGAAGUGCAGAUUUUGGACUCGCUGCGUAUAAUUAUAAUUUCUACCAUGUCUACAGUUCCAUCCUUCAUUUUUCUGUACAUCAAUGGUGUCAUGCUGUUCACUCUGAGGAGUAAGCCUGUGUUUCGUGACACCUGCCGUUAUAUUCUUCUGUAUAACCUUCUUCUUGCAGACACUGUUCAGUUGGCUCAGAGUCAGGUUCAGUUCUUACUCUCUGUUUGUAGAGUAAAGUUGACAUAUUCUUUGUGUACUGCUCUCAGCAUGCUGGCCAAUCUCACGACUGGGAUUUCCCCUCUCACUCUGGUUGUAAUGCCUUUGGAGAGAUAUGUAGCUGUGUGCUUCCCACUGAGGCAYGCUUCCAUCAUCACCAUCAAAAACACAAACAUGGCUAUUGUUGUACUUUGGGCUGUGAGUUCACUGAACAAUCUGACUCGUGUUCUGUUGUUUUUACAGUUUCCGUUUGAAAAGGUGGAGAGGUUACAGAUAAGAGACUUAUGUUCCAACAUAGCUUUAGUGCUCGGGUCUCUGACAGCUGAGUAUGACAAAGCUUACACUUGUGUUCUGUUUGUAACAGCUGGUGUGGCUGUCACUUUCUCCUACAUUAGUGUCAUUGUAGCAGCCAGGUCAGCCUCCACAGAUAAAGCUUUAGCUCAUAAGGCUCAUUACACACUUCUACUGCAUCUGGUGCAGCUAGGCCUCAGCCUGUCCUCAACAAUUAACAACCCAUUAAUCAUAGCUCUUUCAAAAGUGCUAACACGGUCGACAUUUUUGUGGGUACAGAAUGUUUUUUAUGUUUGUUUAAUAAUUUUCCCAAGAUGUCUGAGUUCUCUCAUUUAUGGGCUAAGAGAUCAGACCAUCAGACCUGUUCUCAUGUUUUAUCUUUGUUGUCACCUGAAAGCUAAAAUCAGUGGCUGA